UUGUGUGAAAAAAUCUUUGUUCAAACUGACCUCUUUUAUUUUCAAAUUUAUAACAUUUCUUGAUUAAACUAAAAUUGCCUGCAAUGAUCUACUCUAUGGGUUUGACUUCAUUUCCAGUGCAUAAAUAAAGUUUAAACCUUUCUUGAUUAAUCCCAACAAUGGAUGAGACCCUUAUAGUCCAUAUAGAAAAAGAAUCAAACGGACCCCAACAGCAACAACAACAACAACAACAAGUUCCUCUACUCAAAUCUGAGCACACCCAAAACCAUGAAAUACAAGAAAAUGGCAAUCAUGAUGAUACUGAUUUAGAUAAAACCCUUCAAAAGUUAGAAUUAUUCCUAACUUUAUUGGGUUUCAAUCAGUCAUCAGUUUUAAGUUUUGUGCUUUCUUGGGUUUUUUUCUUGUUAUUAGGGGUUGUGUUACCUGUAGUUAUAUUGGAGCUUAAUAAUUGUCCUGGAUGUGAAAGUGGUCAAAUUAAAAGCUUUGAGCUUGAUAUUUUGAUUUCUCAAGCUCUUUUAGCUGCUGCAUCUUUGCUUUGCCUUUCACAUAAUCUGAGAAAGUAUGGAAUCAGGAAAUUCUUGUUUGUGGAUCGAUACAGUGGCCAUAUGGAAAGAUUCAGUGAGCAAUAUCAUAAGAAGAUCUCUGACUCUGUUCGCUUGCUAGUAUUGUGGGUGCUGCCAUGUUUCCUUUUGAAGACUGCACGUGAAAUAAUUCGCAUUUUAUAUGUGCCUCACGAGUCAUGGUGGCAAUCUGCUGCUAUUUCAUUAGCUUUUAUUACAUCAUGGACUUAUAUUACUACAAUUUUCUUGUCGGCUAGUGUUUUGUUCCACCUGGUCUGCAGCUUACAGAUUAUACACUUUAAUGACUAUGUGAAGCACUUGGAAACGGAGCAUGAUUGUUUUGUAUUGAUACAAGAGCACGUUCGUCUACGAUAUUAUCUCUCCAAAAUUAGCCAUAGAUUUCGAAUCUAUCUUCUGCUGGAGUUCUUAAUUGUCAUUGUGAGCCAUUUUAUGACUCUCUUCCUGACAACUGGUUAUACCGGCCUGCUUACUUACAUCAAUGGUGGUGAUUUUGCAGUCUCGUCAGUUGUUGAGGUGGUAGGGGUGAUCCUUUGCUUGAAUGCUGCUGCAAAAAUUUCCCACAGAGCCCAAGGUAUUGGAUCAAUAGCGAGUAGAUGGCAUGCUUUGGCUACAUGCACUUCAGGUGAAGCGUCACAAAUGAGAAACUCAACUAGCACGAGUAGCCUGGAAGCUGCUAACCGGUCUAGCUUAGACUAUAACUUCUCAGAAAGUGAUUUGGAGUCUCUAGAUUUUGUAGCAGAACCAACAAAUACACAAUUGGCUUCUUACAUGUCCUCCUACCAAAAGAGACAAGCCCUAGUGAUGUAUUUGCAGAACAAUCCCGGAGGAAUUACCAUAUUUGGAUGGACAGUUGAUAGAGGUCUCAUCAACACAAUCUUCUUCAUUGAAUUGACAGUGGCAACAUUCAUCCUUGGAAAGACCAUAAUUUUUACGGCUCACUAAGUUCUCAGUGGUUUGCAAAGAUACCUUCAAGAUGAUUAUAUCGGGUUUCAACACUACCUCAAUCUAUCAGCAAAUGGAAGGGUCUCAACUGAAUCAUUGUUGCUUUAGAUUAUUCAUGAAGUAUAUUCUUAUUCAGCCGGUUCUAGGUACUGUGCCAGCCAUUUCACCAUUCGUAUAAUUGUUUUGUUUCAUCCUUAUCGCUCUCUUGAAGUUAACCCUUCUGUUGGGUUUUGAAGAAAAGUGUGAAUGAAAAGGGGAAGGAUGCUUUCUGCGUGCAUUAAGGCUGUAACUCGGUUCAAGUAAGAAAGUUUAGUGCCCAGGAGAUAUGAGUAUCAGCUGUCCUGAAGUUCAUAUAGAUUUGUAUAUGUGUCUAUAGUAAUCAAAGUCCUGUGAUCUACACAUUUCAUAUCUAUAUAUUUGGCAAUUUUGGCGACCUUUUUCUACUGAACAUUUGAGCAAGGAGCCAUAAAUGCAGAGCUCAGUUUUACACCCA